AUGUCCGGAAACCAGAGCACCGAAGCCCAGCUAGCGCAGCAGCAGCUGGGCAUGUCUGGAAACCAGAGCGCCCAAGUCCAGCUAGCGCAGCAGCAGCUGGGCAUGUCUGGAAACCAGAGCGCCCAAGUCCAGCUAGCGCAGCAGUUCAAACAAGCGCCGCAGUCGAUGAACUCGUACGACAUGCGGGUGCCACCUGUGAAAGUGGAGGCGUUCCAUGAACUGGUGAGCGGGGACUCGUCCAGCGACACCAGCAAACUCACAUCUCCCAAGUAG